AGGUAAAGUUGUGUGAGUGCGGUUUUAGCAGCGCGGCUAACAGAAGAAAAACAAAAAAAAAUAACGCGGAGAGUUAGGACAUGAGGACAUGACGAAGAGAAAUAAACUCAUAUUCACUCCCAGGACAGAGUUACACCGAGGAUUCAUUCUCAACAUGUGAAUUUAUGGAGAUAGGGACGGGGAAAGAUGAAGGCGCUUCGUCAUGUUCAGUGUUUUUGGUGGUUCCUGGCGGUUGGCUGUCAUCCAGACGAUUCGCGCGCGCACGCAGAAAUCCUCUACAUCUAAUCAAACUGGACACCUGGCUGUGAGGUUUCAUUCAUCAGCUCAAGAGCAGACAGCAUAUAAAGGCUUUGAUAACAAGCUCAGCACCCUGUCAGAUCUGGAUCAGCACUACUACACCCUGUGCAUGUUCUACGAGAACUGUGAGGUGUUGGUGGGAAAUUUGGAGAUCACUAACACUGAGCACAACUGCAACCUUGACUUCCUCAAGAUUAGUCACUUAAACCCUUAACUUACCCUCAGCCUCAAACUCAGCUUCAGCUUCCUUGAGCUGAGUCACACCAAAAUUAACCUUUAACCUUAAUUCUAAAUCAUAAACUUAAACUUAACCUACGUAACAUCUUAUGGCUAAGUAACACCAAUGUUAAUGCCAACAUUAAGUCCCAACAACAAAUAUUCUUCAGGGUAAAUCAUAUGAAACUUACCUUUGUACCCUAAACCUUAAACCCAAUACCCUGCUUUAUCUAAACUCAGAAUCAUUCCCAAAUUCUUCCCUGGGCUCAAUAAAGUACAUCCAUCCAUCCAUCCACUCGUCUAAAUGACCACAACUUCCUAAAGACCAUCACAACAAAAUCUUUAGUCCUAAACCAUAACCCUUAAUAGCUACAAACUGAUGGUAGGUGAAUCAUAAGUCUAAACUUCUCAACCUAGUCCUACACAUUUAGUUAACUUAAUGUUCAGUCACACUGUCACUACUUUUCCACCAGUUAAGGCUCAAUUUAUGCAGCUGUAUUCUUUAGAUGUGACAAAACCAUCUGCAUUCAGUAUUUUACUAGCAAACUGACCUUGCCUGUAUUAACUCAUGGAGGAGACUUUACACUUAAACUUGUCAGGAGCUGGAAUAACAGAAAAUUGUGAUCUGUCUGAGAGUUUCUGAGGCCUGGAUUGAGAACCUCUGCUAUGGUUUAUGUUUAUGUGAUGUUAGAGCUAGAUAGUCAUAAGGCACUGUUAUCAUCUUCAUAAUUUGUUGUAUCAUUGUCGUGUUAAGGCUGUCAGUAAGGAUUCUCAACAUUUGGGCAUCUGGAGGCUUGAUAAGGGCUAUCAGUAGAUAUGAAAAGGGGAAGAAGAAGAAGAAACUGUUUUUCUUUUUUCAUGGUUAAUCUCUUGGGCCUUUGCUGUUUCUAUGAUUCACUCUGUGAUUAUGUGGAACAGAUGUUCACCUACAUUUCAGAUUCUCAAGAUAAAAACACAAUGGGAAGUUUGUGUAUUUGUAAUGUAGCUUUAUUCUCCAGGGACUUUCCCUAACACACCUGAUUGAGCAAAGAACAUCUGCUAUAUCUUUUUUUUACCAGGUCAUUUCAGCAUGAACACUAUCAUCAUUGCCAUUAAAUUACAGCUAUUACAAGCUUUAAUGGUGGUUUAAUUCUUUCAGGGCUAUUUCCAUUUUCUAUACUGAAUCCAAGCUUGAUUAAAUCUACUCUGAGUGUAUGAGAACAGAGACUGUGAGUUCUUUCAGAUUGUCUUCACACUGUAAGUGCUCAGUAAACACCACCAUAAAGUUAAGCAAACUUUUAAAAAAAAUGUUAGAAUGCAUACAUGCCAACAUACCUUCCUCUAGAAUCUUUACAGGGUGUCACAAAUGUUUCCAUACACAGGGGAAAUUAAUACUUUUUAGCAAAAUGUCUUCCAAAAAAGUUUUUCAUACUUAGUUUAUAUUAUGUUUUUUUCAGAUAGCCUUUAAGAAUGCCUUUGACAAAAGAAGAACGUUUUGAAAUAAUUCUCAUGGCUGGAUCAGGAAGCUGUCGCAAAAUUAUGAUGGACUUUAACAGAAAACAUGACACGCACAUCAAGCACAACACUUGCGAAACUUAUUAAUGAAUUCAAAAAGACUGGACAAUUUCCACUGAAAGGAAAUUGUAGGGAAUUGCCACAACUUUGUGGCAGUAGUUUGUGAAAUAUGUGGUGUGUUGUGAUGGUCAGGUGUCCACAAACUUUUGGCCAUAUAGUAUAUAUAUUUUUCUUUCAGAGCAUCCAGCAUUUUUCCUUCUGAAAAUUCCUGAAGGAAUUGACAUGUUGCUCUGUUUUCACUUUGGUUAACGAUUUCCUUACGUUGCCCAUGAUGCAACUUAGCACAGCUGUGUCAUAUAGCCGCAAUUCAUUCUGGAACUUUUUAAAGCAUUUGCGGUCUCCACUACUUCUGUGUUAGAUUUAUCAUUAAAACAUUGAAUGCACUGGAAAAAGGUGAGUAACAAAAUAAGCUUUUGCUCUUUUGUUUCAAUGAGCUAACAGCAAAACCUGACUGUUACCACUUUUUUUCUUCUAUUAAAGGCCAUUGUGACUGCACUA